GAAUGCCUGACUGGGCCGAACACUGAGAAAAAGUCAGAGUUUGAAGUGUGCUUCAAAACAAAUCAAACAGCACAAUAUGGAAACCAUUGGCGAGAUCAUCCCAUUUGCUAAGGAGAUGCUAAACCAGAGGCCCAACCGGGGCAUGCUGAAGAUCUACAUGCUCGGCUCCACUCUGGCGAUGCUCGGAGUGGUCGGUGGACUGGUGGAAACAGUUCUUCUGCCGUUUGUGGAGCAGGAGACUGUUGAAGACACACUGGCAGAGCUGAUGGAGGAGAGGAAGAAGGAGAAGAAGCAGGUGUUGACGGCACACACCACCUUGAUUCAGCCUGACGUUGUGGACGUGCUGGAGACGGUAGCGAUCGAGGUCAAGGCCAAACAUCUGGUGACAGCUGGACAGAGAAGCUCAGCCAACCGCUUACAUGCGUCUUAAAGAAACUCUCCCCUGCUGAUGGAAAUGGACAAGACAGUUGCCAUGUUGAUGGUAGAGGUGGUAAAUUAAAUCACCAUGUUGAACUGGUCACUUUGUGCUCAUUCUUUUAUUUCAGAUUUGGUUAAAAUGUGCAAUUUGCCCCUGUUGACUGGGAAAAAAUGAGAUGUGCAGAUACACUAAAAGCUGCAGGGUACAGUAAUGUCUGGCUGCUGGGCAGCAGUUACUUGUGGAUGUGACUUGAAGAAUGUGAUGGGAAAAUGGAAUGUGUGUGAUUGGAUUCAUUUUGCACUUCAAUAAAGACAUAUUUCGGCUGGCAACUGAAAUAUAAGAAUA